GACAGAGGGCGGCUCUGCUGGGCAGCCUGGUGCCCUUGGUUCCACAGCAUGGCCCCCUCGUCCUGGGCCAUCUCCUGCAUCCUGGGGAGCCUCCUGCUUCUUGGGGGCAGCUCCAGCCCCAGCCCUGGCCCCAGCGUGCCUCGCCUGCGACUCUCCUACCGAGAUCUCCUGUCUGCCAACCGUUCUGCUGUCUUCCUGGGUCCCCAGGGCUCCCUGGACCUUCGGGCCAUGUACCUGGAUGAGUACCGGGACCGCCUUUUUCUGGGGGGCCGUGAUGCCAUCUACUCUCUGCGGCUGGAUCAGUCAUGGCCAGAUCCCCGGGAAGUCCUGUGGCCACCGCAGCCAGGACAGAAGGAGGAGUGUGUUCGAAAGGGAAGAGAUCCUUUGGUGGAGUGCGCCAACUUCGUGCGAGUGCUGCAGCCCCACAACCGGACCCACCUGCUGGCGUGUGGCACUGGGGCCUUCCAGCCCACCUGUGCCCUCAUCACAGUUGGGCACCGUGGGGAGCACGUGCUCCACCUGGAGCCCAGCAGUAUGCAAAACGGGCGUGGGAGGUGCCCACAUGAGCCCAGCAGUCCUUUUGCCAGCACCUUUGUAGGUGGGGAGCUGUACACGGGCCUCACGGCUGACUUCCUGGGGCGAGAGGCCAUGAUCUUCCGGACUGGGGGUCCCCGACCAGCUUUGCGUUCUGACUCUGACCAGAACCUCCUGAACGAUCCCCGGUUUGUGAUGGCCGCUCGGAUCCCUGACAACUCUGAUCAGGAUGAUGACAAGGUGUACUUCUUCUUCUCAGAAACUGUGCCCUCGCCAGAUGGUGGCCCAGGCCGUGUCACCGUCAGUCGCGUGGGCCGUGUCUGCGUGAAUGACGCCGGUGGCCAGCGAGUGCUGGUGAACAAAUGGAGCACCUUUCUCAAGGCCAGGCUGGUGUGCUCCGUGCCUGGCCCUGGUGGUGCUGAGACCCACUUUGACCAGCUGGAGGAUGUGUUCCUGUUGUGGCCCAGCGCAGGGAAGACCUUUGAGGUGUACGCCCUGUUUAGCACAGUCAGUGCCGUGUUCCAGGGCUUCGCCGUCUGCGUGUACCACAUGGAGGAUAUCUGGGAGGUCUUCAAGGGACCCUUUGCCCACCAAGAUGGUCCCCAGCACCAGUGGGGACCCUAUGGGGGCAAGGUGCCCUUCCCUCGUCCUGGAGUGUGCCCCAGCAAGAUGACAGCACAGCCAGGACGACCUUUUGGCAGCACCAAGAACUACCCAGAUGAGGUGCUGCAGUUUGCCCGAGCCCACCCACUCAUGUUCCGGCCAGUGCGUCCAUGGCGGGGCCGCCCUGUCCUUGUCAAAACGCACCUGGCCCAGCAGUUGCGCCAGAUCGUGGUGGACCGCGUGGAGGCAGAGGACGGGACCUAUGAUGUCAUCUUCCUGGGGACUGACUCAGGCUCCGUGCUCAAGGUCAUGGCCCUCCAGGGUGGGGCCUCCACUGAGUCCGAGGAGGUGGUUUUGGAGGAGCUCCAGGUGUUUAAGGUGCCGACACCCAUCACUGAGAUGGAGAUCUCUGUCAAAAGGCAAAUGCUGUACGUGGGCUCGGGGCUGGGAGUGGCCCGGCUGCAGCUGCACCAGUGUGAAACCUAUGGCAGUGCCUGUGCCGAGUGCUGCCUGGCCCGGGACCCAUACUGUGCCUGGGACGGUGCCUCCUGCACCCGCUACCGGCCUGGCACCAGCAAGCGCCGGUUCCGCAGGCAGGACAUCCGGCAUGGCAAUCCUGCCCUGCAGUGCCUGGGGGAGAGCCAGGAAGAGGAGGCUACAGGCCCUGUGGCAACCACCACGGUCUACGGCACGGAACACAACAGCACCUUCCUGGAAUGCCUGCCCAAGUCUCCCCAGGCCGCUGUGCACUGGGUCUUGCAGAGGCCAGGGGGCGAGGGGCCUGACCAGGUAAAGACAGAUGAGAGAGUCGUGCAAACAGAGCAGGGGCUGCUGUUCCGCAGACUCAGCCACCUGGAUGCCGGCAUCUACACCUGCAAGACACUGGAGCAUGGCUUCUCCCAGACUGUGGUCCGCCUGGCUCUGGAGGUGAUUGUGGCCACACAGCUCAACAGCCUGUUUCCUCAGGAGCCAAGGCCAGAGGAGCCCCCAGCCUGGGGAGGCCUGGCCUCCACCCCCUCCAAGGCCUGGUAUAAGGACAUCCUGCAGCUCAUCGGCUUCGCCAACCUGCCCCGGGUGGAUGAGUACUGUGAGCGCAUGUGGUGCCCCUCCAGGAGCCGGGGCAAACAGGCCAAGGGCAAGAGCUGGGCAGGGCUGGAGCUGGGCAAGAAGGUGAAAAGCCGGGUGCAGGCCGAGCGCAAUCGGACGCCCCGGGAGGUGGAGGCCACAUAGAAGAGGGUGGAGGAGAGGGUGGUCGGGAUGGAGCAGGUGGCCCAGCAGCCCCCAGAGUCUCCCAACCACCCAGCUAGGGCUGAGGCGGGACCAACUUGCCUGACUGACUCUUAGAAAUGGGAGUCUCUGCCUCUCAUACUUCUACCGGGCUGGAAAGGCUGAAGCUUGAUGAAGAGCCCUGUGUCCAAGGCCUGUUCAGGCCCCUCAGUGCUCUCAGCCCUAGGCUGGAGCCAGCACCCACUGUCAGCUGCCAACCCCAGGGGGCCUGCUGUUUGUUUUCAGACAUGGCUCCCAGAGCACAUUUCCCGUUGUGCCCGGAGGUGAGAGGCCUGGGUGGUUCUUUCCCAGGGGGCAGAACAAUGACCAUUCUGAGUGACCCUUGGAGUGGGCGUGUGGAUGCGUCUGAGGAGGUGUUUGGGCAAGGGACCCUUAGGCAGCCGGAGGAGGGUGAAAGUUGCUUCUAAGCUAGCACCCAUUAAGAGUGAGUCGCGGCAGGGAAGAGAAGGUGCAGAGAAGGUGGAACAGCAAGCCCCUCCCCCCACUUAGAGUGGCUCCCUGCCACUGCCCACCAUUUCUUCUCCUUGACAGAGUCAUAGAAGCAUUGACAGCCAGAGCUUCCCAGGCCCCUGCGGUGGUCCGGGUCUCAGGCACUACUUCAUAAACCAAGCAGUGUCUCUACAGCCUGACUUCUCUUCCCCAGACCCCAGGCUGCCAGGCCAGAUUUCCUGGGAUGCCCAGACCUCUGAUGGGCAUCCCUUCCCCAUCAGGGGCUCCAAGCUAAUGAAGGGAGAGGGUGGGUUCUAGGAGAAUGUCAUCCCCCAUCUCUGUGGACUAGCGAUGGGGAGAGGGGAUCCCGGGAAGUGCAGGGCAGGAGGAGGGGGAGGGUGGGAAUGUGGCAGCUCCCCGGAAUAGCUACAGCUGGUGGGCAGGCACAGACCUAGGGCUUUGCCAGGGACUGCAGAGGAUUGAGAGACUUCUGAGGUGGGGAGAGGGUGAGAGACCCUAGCAUAGACUAUGGGACCCCAGAGCAGGCAUUCUCAAGAACCCAGAAUAGCAUCAAUUAGCUCAGCUGCAGGGGAAACCAGCUGUUUCCCACCCUGGGAUUUUUGGUUUCUGUUAAAAUAAUGGUUGGUUAUAAAUGGUUUCAUUUAUGAAGGCUUUUCUCUUUUAAGGGAAGAAAAUGGAGGGGAAAAAGCUGCUAAAUCCUGCUGGUUCUUGGAGGUGAGGCUCAGGUGGCCAGGAUGCAUUUUGUCUGGGUGUGUAGGGAGGUGUUUUUGCCAACAGCAGUGAUGUGUUUCUUGGGCUGGGGAGCUCAGAGGGGGAGGAGAAGGAGGACUAAAUGAAAAGUCAUUCCCAGCCUGCAUAUGAGCAAGUUAAUGACGCACAAAACUGACAGGAGGAGGAGAAGAGCGUCAGGUCCGAGAUUCCCUCCAUGAAAAGAACCAAGAUGAAGAAAGGAGGAAAAAAACAGAUGAAAAAGCAGGACAGGGCUUCCUGCUCCACCAAACUCAAACUCAGACUGUACAUCUGCCUUGGAUUUUAUCUGAGUCACCCGACCACGCCCAGAAACUGGGGUCUGAAAUAGGCCCCCCUUCCUCUUCACAGUAAGUGAGCCAGAGACAUUGAGAUUACCCUUGGGAAGCCUCAGGCCUGGGGUUGCUGUGGCUGGGAAGUCAGCAGGUAAAAGCAAAGGAGAGGACCAUGGGGUGGAGGGGAGGCUGAAGAAGGGAGUGGAGGGGGAGGUAGAGGCCAUGGAAGAAGGGGAGGAAAGAGCUGCAGCCCCUCUAUCUCAGAAAGGCCAGGAAGAAAUGACCAGCCAGACUCUCGGUGGCCUCUAGGCUGGCCCAGGCAUGGCCAGCUCCAGGCAGGGUACCCUGGAAACGUUACUCUGGAUAAUGGAGGAGGAACUCAAAAUUCUGAACAAGGAACACCUGCACUUAGAAAAGUAUGGACAGCUUCUGCCAACUCUCCAUACUUCCCACGCCCAUGGUACUGUGUGUUAUUGACUUCUGGAAAUGCUUCUAUGUGUGAAUUCUAUUUUUAUAUUCGUACAUCGAGCUCGGCCUUAUGGUUUUUGUCUUCAGAGCACACUUCUUGUAAUUACUAUUGUUAUUUUUAUUGUCAUGACUGCCUCUGUGCUCCGAUGAGGCUAUGAGGUGGUCUACCACACAGACCUAUCAGGAAAGCGAUGGAGUUAAUAUUUAUAUCACAUAAUUAUAUCAUUAUUGUAUCUCUGUAUUUUUCUGUUCUAAAUUGAUGGAUGCCAUCUGUGUGAGUUGGAAAUGAAGAGCCUUUCCAUCCAUUCCAGGAGGGAGAAGGCCACCUAAGGAGAAGGGUGGCCUUCCAUAUAGGUGGUAUGUUCCAGAAGGGAGGGAGAUGGCCAUGAGAGGAAGGAAGGGGUCAACGGGCUUUGUCUAGGAAACUGAGAUUGCUUAUUAAGUUAGGAAACUCCUGCCCCUCUGGCUUCUGAGACUGACCUUCUUGGACUUCAGGAAGAUCUUGAGUCAGAAAAAAAAUGCUGGCAAAGGUUAGCUGGGCACGUAGGCAGUCCUGCUCCUUUUCCACAGUAACACUUGACAUUUGUAACAGCAAUAUUUGGCCUGGUGCCUGUCUUCCUUGCAAGCCACAUACCAACAUAUAUUAAGGCCCCUGUGCUCUUGCCUGGGGUGCUAGGCUGCACUGUGGGGGCUGCAGCUUCUGAGGAGGAGGGGAGGUCUGGAGGAGCUGCCUCUGAGGGUGCCUCUGACCACAGCCCCCACUUUCCCAGUGAUGUCAUGCCCCUGCACAAGAACAGAGCCCGUUGGUGCUGGAGGGAGAUGGGAAAGGGCAGGGGUGGUUUGAAGAUGGAAGGGACAUCACCCCACCUUGCCAGGGAGACUAACUUCUUGCUUGCCUGGGCUCCUCAAUCCAUACCAUAGAGUAGAGGGACUUAACAAGUCAGUCACCAGUCCCCUCUUGCAGCACUGGAGCAGGGCCCCUCCUUUUGUCCCCUGGGCCUGACAGAAUUGAACCAGUAUGUCCUGCCCCAAGCCACCCCAAGCCACCAUGGCUGCAGCAGCCACCACGGCUGCAGCGGUCACCUAGGAAGCACUGUUGGCACCCCCUUGGCACUGAGUGUGGGGUUGGGAGGGGUGUGAGAACUUGACCUCCACAGUCCCUUCUCCCCCUAGGCCAUAGCACCUGCCACACAGCACCUUCUCACCCCUAGGGUCUGGACUUUUCCCUCUCAUGCCUCCCAUCUUGAGUCCUAUUUCCUGCCUCAAGGGCUUUCCUCUCACUCCUCUGGCAGCUUUCUCUGCAGUCUCAUACCUCCCCUAGUCUUUGGGUCUGUGUCAUGAUUUCCCAAACGGGUUUGGCUUGGAGUAAGACACAAGGCAAACAUUUUCCAGAAUGGUGUCCUGUGGAACAUGAGAUCUUCCGUGACAAGGGUCAAAUAAAAACGGGGAUUUCUGUCCCUUUAGCCCCCAUGGAA